CGUGCAAAGGAUCCUCAGAAUUGAGAAAGUCUGCAGAUCUACCCUCUUAGGAAAUAUAGAUCAAUCGUCCGUUGUGGAGAUCUUUGAAAAGGUUUCACUGUUCCCUUCAGGGAGGAUUCCAAGUCUCACUUAAAGGAACUAAGACAACAUUUAAUUCAAAGAGGAAUCUUUUUCUAUGGAACCUAAUGUUUUGCCUUGUUUUUCUUUACACUAAUGUGUAAUAUCAUUUCAUUUUAAACCCGAAAAUCCAAUUGGACAAAACACAUCAGAUGUUCUCUUGACCUUUGGCUUUCCCCGAAUUUAGAUAAGGUCACGCUGAAGUAGUUAUGAAUCGCGAACGAAUCGGUUCUCUCCGAAGGACUCUUUUAAGCGAGUUGGAUGAAUCUAUUCUCUCUCUCUAAAAAAAAAAAAAAUAAUAAUAAAAAAAUAAUAAUAAUAAUAAAAAAGGCUGCUAUUUGGUAUAAUAGUAUAAAACGCUACAUUUACAUUUACUUCAAGAUUAUGCAGUGUUGAAUUUAAGAGACUAUUUAAUAAUUCGCAGUUAAUUCAAAUACCUAAAACCCGGUAAGACUUCUCUAUUUUGUACAGAGCCUCACGUGCAAGACUUUGCUUUUAUAAUACCAGAAAAUAUCGCCAUCUAGGGACAUCUUUUCAGCUCAGCAGCACUUUCUUUAGAAAUAAACCUGGACUGUGAAUUGGGAAAGUGGUCUUAAAUGCCUCUAAUUUCAUUACAUAAAGUACGGCAUGAAACUGUGGUCGAAACGGAUGCCUUUUCUUUCUAGCGUGUUUACUUUAUAGCCUGUAGAACAUAACAGAUCUGGGGGGUGAAUCAAACGAAUCGAAACAGUUCGCUCACUUAAACGGUUCGUUCGAAAGAAUCGAAUGAUUAAAGUCUUCAACAGCCAUUUCAGAAGUAGCAAGAUAAACAAUCCAGACAAGUAAAAAACUAAUAUGGGGAAGUUAAUUGUACUCUCGGUUUUGGUUGCAGCUGUAGCAGUACUUAUUGGAGAACGAUUUUUUGCGCUAAGAAAUAUAACAUUGUCUUAUAGAGAACUCACCCAGAACCACCUCCCUAAUUGUGAACUGAUAAAAGGAAUAGAGAUGGGAGCAGAGGACAUCACUAUACUUGAAGAUGGACUGGCCAUCAUAAGCGCUGGUCUGAAGUACCCAGGUAUGCCUCGUUAUUCAGACGCGCCUGGAAAGAUCUAUGUGCUGAACCUGCCCUCUGGAGGAGAUCUUACAGAACUCCAUAUCAAAGGAGACUUUGAUGCAGCUUCUUUUGGCCCACAUGGAAUCAGUGUAUAUACUGAUGAAGAAGAUGGCUCUCGAUAUUUAUUUGUGGUGAAUCAUCCACAUAAAAACAGCCAGGUUGAGAUAUUUCAGUACGUCAAAGAGGAAAACACUCUAGUGCAUGUGAAGACUAUAAAGCACGAGUUGCUGCAUAAUGUGAAUGACAUUGUAGCUGUUGGAGUGGAGAAUUUCUACGCCACUAAUGAUCACUACUUCACCACCGAGUACCUGAAGCCUCUGGAAAUGCUGCUCUCUCUGUUCUGGUGUGAUGUGGUGUAUUACAGUCCUGAAGCAGUUCAUGUUGCAGCAGGAGGACUUUUCAGUGCCAAUGGCAUCAACAUCUCCCCUGACAAAAAGCAUUUGUAUGUGUCAGAUUUAAUGAAUCACACAAUUGUUGUGCUGAACAUCCAGAAAGACAACACACUAUCCCGUGUGAAGGAAGUUGAUGUAGGCUCCCUCUGUGAUAAUAUCGAAGUGGAGAGUAAAACUGGAGACUUGUGGAUGGGUUGCCACCCAAAUGGAGUCAGAUUUAUUCUAAAUGAUCCAAAUAAUCCACCUGGCUCAGAGGUCAUUCGUAUACAGAAUAUCCACUCUGAAGAACCAGUGGUGACUCAGGUGUACGCUGAUAAUGGCAGCGUGCUCCUAGGAUCUUCAGUGGCUACACCGUACAAUGGGAAGCUCCUUAUAGGAAGCGUUUUCCACAAAGCCCUGAUGUGUGACCUUGAGUAGAACAUCCACUUAAACAUCAAACACUGCUCUGCAUGACUAAAGUGCCUUACAGAUGAAAGGAAACAAAUUAAAGGAAAAAAUAAAUAAAGGAACAACUUCAAUAUGUCUCUGGAACUUUACUGGAGGGAUGGACAUCGUUCUUCCCAAAGAUAUUCUCUCAGUUGGUGUUUUGGUGGCGUUGGAGGCUGUCUAACACGUUGCUGUCUAACAAGUGUGCAGUUGGGUUGGGGGGCAUUGUCAUCCUGGAAGAGAUCGCUCUUAUCAUUUUUUUUUUUCCUUCGAUUUGUCACCCAUUUGUGGGUGUUUCCUAUAUCAAGAAAUGUGAUAUCACAGUAUCGGGUAUAAUCUCUACUGAAUUCUCACAGACGUUUCCUACAAGAAAUUCAGGUUUUGUCAUGCCAUUCAUGUAUAUAUUUUCAGUAGGCCUGUUGCUAUAUACAGUACAGUAUAGUCUAUAUACAUACAUAAAUGCAUAAAUGCAUAUAGUAUUAAAGAGCAGUGUUCACAACUACAGUAUCAGUGCACAUCACUACACAUUUCUUGACAAAGCACUACUAAUUACACACACUGCACAGUUCGAAGAAAACUGUGGUAUAAUUGUGUGAAUAACUUGACAAUGUAAACAAUUCUAAAUAAAUAUAUAUUAUAAAUAAAUAGCAAAAUACCAAGAAUGUUGCAGCAUGUAAAAGAUUUUGGAUAGAAUUAUUGAAGUAUUACAAUAUUGCAAGUUUAAAAAAGCAAAGCAUUAAUAUUAACUCGACAGUUCAUAUUGGCUCAACUUGCUUUCUAUCCAGUGUUCCCUGGAUAGACUCUGGAUCCAAGACAACCCUGAAUGCACUUAAUGUAGAUGAAUGAAUGAAUGAAUGAAUGAAAGAAAAAGGGUCAUUUUAAAAUAGUAUUGUGUUAUACAUUUAUUAAUUAAAAAUGAAUUGAGUAAUAAAAAUAUUAGUUAUUUCAAAAUAAAGUAAAAAUAAAACUAUUUAUUCCUCAAAAAACUCAAUGUAACAUACAAAUACACAGCUAAAUAGAUGCACAAAGGCACUGAGAUUUCUAAAUUCAUUUCUAAUGAAUAUUUUGUAUACUUUUCAUUUUGAGCUAUUGCCAGGUUCGUCUAAGUAAUGUGAAGGUGCUAAAAGAGAUAUAAAAUAUUAAGUAAAAUUGAGCUUAAAUACAGUGAUGGUACAAAGGCUUUGCCGAUUGAGAUUAUGUGAGGAACACAGCUUCUGUACAGGUUCAGUAGUGUGGGUAAUUCUAGAAUGUACUUUCCUACCAAGUUAUAAGACAUGCUGAUUGUAGCAUUAGAGUAACAUUUCAGAAUAUUGAUUGUGUUGAAUAUACAGUCAGGAAUAUUGAUUGUAGUCACUGCGUUUUGUUUGUGUGACUUUACAGCUGACACUGUGAUUUUUUUUUCUUUGUACUAUGAACUCUUUUAAGAGGUUCAGAUAUGUUCCACAGUGCUAUGUUUAAAUAAACAGUCAUGACCA